GCCGGUCCUUACCGGCAUUAGGCGAGUGCCUGCUGUCUGCAAAAUUACGCAAACCAUACUGUAACGAUAAGGAAAAAGAAAAGGCGGCAACUUUGCGUCAGCCAUUCAGUCUGUCGGAAAAACGAUGUGGGCCAACUACGCAGUACAAUAAUAAUGGCAAUUCUCAUACCUGACGCCCUACUCCGCCCCUCCCUAACACGCCUCUGUUUUGCAGCAACUUCGCCAUGGAACCGCCAAAAUUCCAAUGGGAUUAAAUCCUCGUACCGGGUCGCAGCCAUGGAUGAAGCUGUCGUUGACGCCGACAAAUUUCGGGCUGAAUUCCUUCGAGUUUUGCGUAGUAGACGAUCUCCAGAAGUACCGCUUAAUGUGAAGCGCACACCGCCUGUUCACCACCCUCUGAUUCAGGAGCCCAACCCGACAACCUUCAGUAAGGCUAUGGCUUCUUGUCCAAAGGCAACUUUUAGCAAUUUGAAGGACUUGCUUCAUGAGGAAAAUCUUCACUUGACUACCGAGGAAGGAGAGCAAGGGAAGUUGCCUAUAUUGAUUAUAAGCAUGAAGGAUAGCAGACAGCAGAAAAGACCUGCAAUUGUUUUUCUGCACAGUACAAACAAGUGUAAAGAGUGGUUGAGACCAUUGCUUGAGGCUUAUGCAUCAAGGGGUUAUGUAGCUAUUGCCAUUGAUUCUCGUUACCACGGUGAAAGGGCCAAGAACAAAUCCACCUACUAUGAUGCUCUUAUAUCUUCAUGGAAAAAAGGCGAUACCAUGCCGUUCAUAUUUGACACGGUAUGGGACUUGAUAAAACUGGCGGAUUAUCUGACGAAAAGGGAGGACAUUGACCCAUGUAGAAUAGGAAUUACUGGCGAAUCACUUGGAGGAAUGCAUGCAUGGUUUGCUGCUGCUGCUGAUACUCGCUACUCCGUGGUUGUCCCCAUAAUUGGAGUGCAGUGUUUUCGAUGGGCCAUAGAUAACGAUAAGUGGCAGGCACGAGUCGAGAGUAUAAAACCUGUUUUCGAGGAAGCCCGAAUCGAAUUAGGCAUGAACGAGAUCAACAUAGAAGUGGUGAAGAAGGUCUGGAAUAGGAUUGCUCCUGGUUUAGUUUCCCAAUUUGGCUCGAUUUAUUCGGUUCCAGCUAUCGCACCACGUCCUUUGUUGUUAUUAAAUGGUGCAGAUGACCCUCGAUGUCCGAUUGCUGGUUUGGAUGCUCUCGUGUCGGAAACCCAGGUAGCUUAUCAGAGGUUUGGUUGUCCAGAAAAUUUUAAGUUCAUCGCACAACCUGGGAUUGGCCAUGAAAUGACACCUGAGAUGGUAAAAGAAGCUAGCCAAUGGUUUGAUAGGUUCUUAGGCCACACUAUCAAAGAGUAGCGGUUGGAUUCAUAGCUCAUUUGUUACUUGGGUUGAUAAAGUUUGAGAAUGUUUGCUUAAUCCA